AUGACGCUACCGAUUCUUCAGACAAAUAGCAUCUCCUCAGAAGAGGAACAUCUACGCCACCUCCGCCAGAAACUGCUGCUGCAGCUGGCCAUAAUUGUCGGUUUGGUGGCUGCUGUGGGCGGCUUUUUGUACGGUUACGAUACCGGGCUCAUCAACGAUAUCUUGGAAAUGCAAUACGUGAAAGCCCAUAUUCCGCUGCAGAAGGGCGAGUUUAGUACCCACGAAAGGGCUCUCAUCACGGCGAUAUUGCUGUUGGGGACAUUCUUCGGUGCUCUCGUGGCGCCGUUGAUUUCAGACACGUACGGCCGGAAACUGUCUAUCAUUGUAUCUCUGGCGAUCCUUUUUAACAUCGGCAACAUCCUCCAGGUUUCAGCAACCGACGUGGGGCUCCUAUGCGCUGGAAGAGGCGUUUCUGGGCUUUCUGUUGGUAUUCUUUCUGCUAUCGUGCCGUUGUACCAAGCUGAAGCCUCGCCCAAAUGGGUCAGAGGUUCUAUCGUUUUCACAUACCAGUGGGCUAUCACAUGGGGGCUUCUUAUAGCCCUGGCCAUCUGCCAAGGCACGCGACGGAUCCAGAGCUCUGCUAGUUACAGAAUCCCGAUCGGGAUCCAGUUUGCAUGGUCGGUGGCUCUCUGCGUGGGUAUGCUUUUUCUUCCCGAGAGUCCUCGUUUCUACGUUCAAAAAGACAAUCUCCAGCUUGCCCUCAAGAGUCUCAGUAAGCUCCGACGGCUUCCGGACGACGACGCCGAUCUCAUCGAGGAGUUGGUCGAGAUCAAGGCCAACUACGAUUACGAAAUGAGUUUCGGCAAAACCUCUGUUUUGGACUGCUUCCGCCUGGGCGGAGGUCGCCACAAGCAGAAACUACGCAUGGCCACAGGCAUGGGCGUGCACGCUUUCCAGCAGUGUCUGGGAAUCAACUUCAUUUUCUACUACGGGGUCAAUUUUUUCUCCAACACGGGUGUUGGGAACUACUACCUCAUGUCUUUCUUUACAUACUUGGUGAACGUGGUGUUCACGAUUCCAGGAAUCGUUUUGAUUGAAGUCGUCGGACGACGGAAGUUGUUGAUGUGGGGCGGAUGCUCCAUGAGCGUCAGCAACUUCAUCAUUGCCAUAGUCGGUGUACUGGUCCAGGCCCAGCAAACACGUUCCAUUGUCAGCAUCGUCUUCUCCUGCUGUUUUAUUGCCUGCUUUGCCUCCUCCUGGGGUGGUUGUACAUGGGCCCUUUCCGCAGAUAUGUUCAGCAUCAGUAUUCGUCAAAAAGCCAUCGCCAUCACUGUUGCCACCAACUGGUUGGUGAAUUUUGUGUGUGCAUUUAUUACUCCGUAUCUUAUUGAUACAGGUCAGCACACGGCAGCAUUGGGCAACAAGAUCUUCUUCAUCUGGGGCGGCUUCAACGCCUUUGGCGUGGUUUUCGUUUACUUUAUGGUCUACGAGACAAAGGGCCUUAAGUUGGAGGAAGUCGACUUCAUGUACAUGAACUGUGAAAACUCUAGGGUCUCCACCAAGUUUGUGAGUCGUGCUAUCGACUACUCCACAAUGCCCAAUGGUACAUCCACAGCGGUCAAUACAGGCGGAAAAGAAACAUCGUCUCCAUCGACUGGAGACCCUAAUGGUUUCAACACAGACACCAGCGUGGAGAUGGCCGAUCUCAGACAGAGAAAAACACCUAACAACGUGCAUCUUGUGGCUCAUGAUAAUAUGUUGGCGCCUACUCUUAGCAACACCUCUGGCGAGUCCAGUGCCGAUUCUACCAUGUCCACUCCAGGGGUUACAGACUACCAAAAAUACAUUCUUGCGUUGAGAGAGCAGUCUGGCGAUGCCAUGAGGCGGACCGAUUCAUCGCAUACAUCAGCCUCAACUCACAGGCUUUUCAAGUUGAAUGACAAAAAGCGCCAGCUGAGCGAGGCUGGCACUUCGAAUCACACCAGCUCCUUCUCAAGUAACGCCCUUCAGGACGGUAUUGGCAAAAAAGGUGGUUUGGUUAAUGCGGCGCUUGAUUCAGACAGUGACGAUGAAGAGGACGAAGAGGGGGCUGCUCCUCAAGAAAAGGACAUUUCAGACCCCAAAGAUCAGGUCUAG